AUGCGCGUCGCUAAGGAAUUGCAGGACGGCGAUGUGGUGAAUCUGGGCAUCGGCAUACCUUCGCUGUGCUCGCAGUUCGUGCCGGAGGGGCGCGAUGUGCUGUACCACAGCGAGAGCGGCGUGCUGAACUUCGGCCCGGUGGCGGAGGAGGGCGAUGAGGAUGUUGACCUGACGAAUGCGAGUGGGCAUUUCCUGGCGUGGUAUCCGGGGAUGUCGUUCUUUCACUCGGCGGACGCAUUCGCCAUGAUUCGCGGCGGGCACAUAGAUGUGACGGUGCUGGGCGCGCUGCAAGUAUCGGCGUCCGGCGACCUUGCGAACUGGAUGCUGCCGGAACGCGGCGUGGGCAAUGUUGGCGGCGCGAUGGAUCUGGCUGUGGGCGCAAGGCGCGUCAUAGUUGCAAUGGAGCACACGGACCGCAGCGGUCAGUCGAAGGUGGUGCAGGAGUGCAGCUACCCACUGACUGGCAAGGGGUGCGUUGACCUGAUAGUUACGGACAUCGCCGUGAUGGAGGUGGCAGAGGAAGGGUUGGUGCUGCGCGAGGUCGCGCCGGGCUGGUCUGCGGAAGAGGUGCAGGCGCGAGACGGACGCGACGCUUAUAGUAUCGCCAGAGGUGCAGGAGAUCGAACUGUAAAGCCACACGUGUGA